GUAAAUAAUACAUUUGACGUGCUUAUUAAGUUGCAUAUCAUUGAAUAUUUCCUAAUACUUGCUAGUUACUUGCACAGCUGACUUUCUUAAGAUGUCCGAAAGUGAUGAAUCUGAUAACGAGUAUCAACCAUUCGAGCAGGCAAAUAAUGUGUUGGUCGCUGUCGAUUGCAGUGCAUCGAUGUUCGUUAAGAAUGCAGAAGCGAAGAUUCCAUUUGAAUUCACUUUGAAUAGUCUCUUCUCAGUUUGCGACAAUUUCCUUCUUAAACGCUCAGCCAAGAACCAAAUAAGCAUUAUUUUCUUCCAUCCAGAGAAGACAGACCUGAUCAACUUUGAUUCUCCCUUCGUUGAAGGAGUAAAGAAUCUAAAUGAGGCCAUCAAAGAAUACAAAACCUACAAUCUAUUAGAUUGCAAAGGGAAACCCUUGAAAUUCGCUUACUUCAUCAUACUGUGUAAGAAGAAGUUUAGCAAAGUGAAGGGCAAAAAGUUUUUGUAUUUGGUUACUAACCAUAGUGAUCCUUGCAAUGGAGAUGUCACAGUUCAAUCACAGUCUUAUAGGGAGAUCAUGGAUUUGCCUAAAUUAGGGAUUCAAUUUGAGCUGUUGCCUUUGUGUGAGGAUUUUGAUUAUUUACCAUUCUAUGGAGAGGUUUAUAGGUCUUUGCAGGAGAAGCAACCAAAGUUCUAUUAUAAUGAAAAUUUCCUAUCUACUAAGAUUAGUUACACCAUCAAAGCUAAGGAAUCCAAUAAGAAUUUAAAGAUAUAUUUAAGAGAGGAUUCGGAGCCGGACGUAUUCGUACCGUGUUUGGAACGGAAAUUGUUCACUAAAGCGAAAAUUUCAGAAAAUGUUUCCACAACCAAUGAUCUUAAGAAGGUGAUUAAGAAAACGGAGCGUUCUGCCAAGUUAAGCAAAAUCGAGAUAAGCCGCGAGAUCAUAAAGGUAUUCAAUGAAACUGAAGUGUUGGAUCUCUAUCAAACUGGCAACAUAAAAUCAGGCCUCACCAUUAUCCACGCUCAGCAUCGAAGGUAUUCCAAUUAUGGAGAACACGCGGCGGAUUGUAAAUUGCUGAAAACCAAAAAUAAAAAUGACGAGAAUUUCCACGCUUUGCAUACUGCUUGUUCGAUGGGCAAUUAUUAUCUCUUAUGCACUCUGAAACAUAAAGAAGGUGGACGCGUCCACUACGCAGAGCUGAUGCCGAAGAUUGUUAACCAGGAGCCGCAUUUCGUGAUGAUUACUCUGAAGAAUUCGCUCAACUUCAGCGAAUCACACACCGUGCAAAGUGAAAUCGUCACUGCCGAUGAAGAACUUGAGAAUUUGAUGAGUAGUUUGGUAAAUAAGGCUACCAUUGAAGAUUACGAUAAGCGUAAAAUGGUACCGCUGAAGUAUGCCAAAGAGAGUAAAUUCCUGAAGCAAAAGUUGUUGGAAGAUGAACACUACUUGGCGGACAAAAAAGACUUGGAUCUUUUGAACGACGUGCUGUACGAAGGAAACGUGGAUGAGCUCGUUAAGAAACUGGAGGAGAUGUACCCUCAAGAGACGAAGAAGAGAGCUCAAAAGAAACCCGAGAAGGCAACAAAUAAGAAGAUUAAAACUUAAUUUUGCUUCUUAUUAUAUAUCAUUCUUCAAUGCUUAUAUAUCCUCAUGCUUAAAUAAAUAAUAUGUAUUUUUGUUAUA